GUGUUGUUGCAGCGUCAUCCUGUUUGAAUGAAGUUCUGGCUGAGAACUAGCCAACUCUUGGUUUGCGCCCCAGCAAACUGAAACAGGAAAAAAAUUGAUCCCGAGGAAGUGAAAUAUUGCCAACCAUGCCGGUGUUUACAGUCAAUGUGAAAUGGGGCAAAGAGAAGUAUGAUGCAGUAGAGCUGAACACCGAGGAACCACCCAUGGUUUUCAAGGCUCAGCUCUUCGCCCUGACAGGAGUUCAGCCUGACAGACAGAAGGUUAUGGUAAAAGGAGGCACCCUGAAGGAUGAUGAGUGGGGAAACAUUAAAUUGAAAAAUGGAAUGACGCUGCUGAUGAUGGGCUCUGCAGAAGCCCUGCCCGAGGAGCCUGUUGUUCGGCCCAUGUUUGUAGAGGAUAUGACUGAGGAGCAGCUGGCCUCAGCGAUGGAGCUCCCUUGUGGACUGACAAACUUGGGCAACACGUGCUACAUGAACGCCACGGUGCAGUGCCUCCGCUCCGUGCCAGAGCUUAAAACGGCGCUCAGGAAGUAUUCAGGUGCUCUGCGAUCCUCGGGGGCGAAUGCACCUGCACAAUACAUCACAGCUGCUCUUCGUGAUUUAUAUGAGACUAUGGACAAGACCUCUUCCAGCCUCCCACCCAUAAUUUUGCUGCAGUUUCUUCACAUGGCCUUUCCACAGUUCGCUGAGAAGGGAGACCAAGGACAGUACCUCCAGCAGGAUGCUAACGAGUGCUGGGUUCAGAUGAUGAGAGUGCUUCAACAAAAGUUAGAACCUCUAGAUCCAGAGACUGCCAUGGAGACUGAAUCUGAGAGCGGAGCUGCUUCUUCAAAGAAGAACUUCAUUGACCAGUAUUUUGGUGUAGAAUUUGAAACUACCAUGAAAUGCACAGAGUCUGAGGAAGAAGAGCCAAUAAAGGGCAAGGAGAGCCAGCUCCAGCUCAGCUGCUUCAUCAACCAGGAAGUCAAGUAUCUUGCAACAGGUCUAAGGCUGAGGCUGCAGGAAGAGAUCACGAAAAUGUCUCCAUCCUUGAACAGAAAUGCUCAGUACAUAAAAUCCUCCAAACUUAGCCGUCUCCCUGCUUACUUGACUGUUCAGAUGGUCCGAUUUUUCUACAAAGAGAAAGAAUCCGUCAACGCCAAAGUUCUCAAGGAUGUUAAGUUCCCUCUGAUGUUGGACGUCUAUGAGCUGUGCACCGCUGAGCUGCAGGAGAAAAUGCUGCCAGUUAGGUCAAAGUUUAAAGAAAUGGAGGACAAAAAGCUGGAGAAACAGCAGCAAAAGUUGUUGAAGAAGCCAGAUGCAAGAAAGGAAGUGAAAUAUGAGCCUUUCUCUUUUGCGGAUGACCUUGGUUCAAACAACAGCGGCUACUUCGACCUGCAGGCUGUGCUGACUCACCAAGGUCGCUCCAGCUCCUCGGGUCACUACGUGGGCUGGGUCAAGAGGAAAGAAGAUGAGUGGAUCAAGUUUGACGACGACAAAGUGAGCGUGGUCUCCCCUGAGGACAUCCUGCGCCUGUCAGGGGGGGGGGACUGGCAUAUAGCAUAUGUUCUACUUUACGGGCCCCGCCGGCUGGAACUACUUGAAGACGAACAGUAGCUGGUGGGAGAGUUCUCCAAACACACGUACAGAUUGCCAUUUCCAAGCACUGUCUGCA